AUGGGACUCGGCCUCUUACACGCACCCUCACAAGCGCCCCCUCCGGACGGACGCUCAGGCCUCUCCGCAGAACUGCUCCAGACCUGCAGCCAAACCGGAUCCCUUCACGACAGCGCCCACGUACAAGACCUCCUCUACAACCUACUGCUACAGUACGGACAUGAACUACAGCUCCUGCAAAACUCCUACAAUACCUUCGAUCUACUCUCACAAGUAGGAACGCGAAUACACUCCCACCUCCUGCAGCUGCGCCGCUACAAACUCACAACGCACGACACGCCCACCCUCCCCCUCCACUCAAGGCUCAAGCGCCUCAGGCGCGUGCCCCUCGCCCUCAACCCCGGCCACGAUCGCCUGCGGAAGGAAGCCCUAGCCCUCGCUCUCGCCAGGACCGCCAGGGCCAUCAACGUCUGGGCCUACCGCCCUGGCGUGGAACCCGCCCCCGAGAGGGCCUACGCGCCGCCCCCCCCAGUCAACUGCGUGGCCUUCGACACCACAGGCAAAGCUAUACUCACCGGGGGAGGAAACGGGGUGAUCAAAAUCUGGCACUCGCACACGGGAAACCAAAUACUCGCACUGGCGCGCCACCCAGGAGCCAUCACCUGCAUCGACGUACACGCCGCCAACGCCUUCGUGGCCUCCACCUGCGACGGGGGAGAAUGCCGCCUCUGGGAAAUUCGAGGCGCUUGGUGGAGGCUGGGCUGCACGAUACGCAGUCCGUUCAAAUUUCUAUGGUGCAAAUUCACACGCCUGCACGCCCGCCCCGCGGCUGCGGAAGACGCCCUGGUCUGCGCCUGCGGAGACGGCUCUAUGCAGCUGCACCUCCUGGCCGACCUCGCCCAGGGCCGCAGCUCCCCGCUCAGGACCUUCGCCAUGACAAACCUCCGGGCCUAUGACAUCAGCCAGCGGAAAAUUCCCUGGCUGGCAGUGGGCCUUGAGUCCGCCGAUGCCGAGGCCUCGGACCAGUCCUCCCGGCUGGGUGUGGCCGCAGUGAUGGAGCUGGACCGCACGGGCUGGGGAGCUGUCGCACAGGUCAGGCACCGCUUCCUCUGGGACCCGCCCAACCAGGCCCUCUGGUCAGACCUACAGCGCCUAGGCUACCUAUCGCAGCUUGACCCGGCGCAGCCCCUGGCGCCCGUGCAGCCCGGACCCCUCUCCCAUAAGUUCAGCCUGACAAUAACUGACGGAGAAAAUUCCGAUGGAAAUAAUAACUGUCUCGCCAACAUUAACUGCCUUUCCGCCAACGCCCUAUUCGUUAUUUCGGCGUUACAUCAAGAAAGCCCAGACGUCUGUUUCGGCAAUCUGUCACGCAAUCUUGUAACCGCCUCUGACGACGGAAACGCCUUUCUCUGGAACGCCUAUACGGGCGCAUCGGUGAAGCUUGUCACCAAGUGCAUGGACUCGUUCGCAUCCCGCGUGUCUAAGCAGUCGGAUCAAAGCGCGGGACCCAUAUACACCGUCACUUGUCUGGAGUGGUCCUGCGAUGACUCGCUGGUUUAUGUCGGCGACUCCAUCUACAGCCACGGCAACUCCAGGAAGUCGCUCUCAUCCAUGCGGACGAUCGAGUCGGGCUUCACCGUCUUCGAUGCAUCCAAUGGCCACCCCAUAGGCCACGGGUUGCACAGGGGGUCCUGUCACCACCUCUCGGCAAUAAAGGGCAAUCCGUUACUGCCCCACGUAGCACUCGUAGUUAGCUACUCCGGGUGUGUUUAUAUUUUCACAGUCAAAGUAGAUAAAAAAACCGAACCUCAUAUUUUAAAGAAGAUUGAUUGCGGCCCAGGGGCCUGUUGGCUGGACGCUGCCUGGCAUCCUAGCGGCUCAAUGUUUGUCCUUUCCCAAAAAUUUGGCUGCUUUUCCGUCUUCGCUAUGCCCACCUUCACCUACUCCGCGCCAGACGUGGCCUGUGCGACAGACGAGUCCCUCGCUCCGCCAGAUGCGAAGGCGGAUAGGUUUGUCUUUGGCUGCGAAGGUCUGUUUACGGUUAGGGCCAGUGGGUUCGUCCCGGUCCAUCACUCUUUUCGGCCCGAGUUGGCGGGCCCCUACCAGUCCGAGGGCAGACUGGUCCUGGCAGAGCCCAGCGAGAUGGGCCACCUCGAGGGCGCCCAAGACGACCUCGAGGCGGCGCAGGCCGGCUACGACGCGAAGCAAUUUAUACACGCCCACCGGCACUGUGGGCAGGACUUUGAUGGCAUAUUUUCCUGCUUCCACCACCUUCAGGUGCGCAAUUUUGGGCACGUGGAGCGUUUCCAUGACUGGGAGAGUUGCCCGGUCUGCGCGGCCUUGGUGCGUCCCCCCGCCCGUCAGCACCGCCAGCGCGUGCGAGCGCGGCGGGCAGGCCGGCCGGGGCAGGCGGGGCACGGCUACUCAGAGUAUGGAGACCACGCCUCCUGCCUUCCCCCCGCGGUCAAGGCCCAGAUCAAGUCGUUGCGCAGCGAGGGCACGCCCCGCGUGGCCCCCAAGAAGGUGCUGCAGACCCUGCUUGACGCGCCUUCCUUCGACUCGGACGAUUCGGACGACUCUGACUUUACGGCCUCGCCCGUGCCCGUUCGGGCCCGCCGCCCCUCGGCGUACCCGACCAGGCGGGCCCGCAGGGGCAGCAGUCCCUGCCCCUCCUCCUCUUCGUCGUCGUCGUCUCCUGUGGUGGCCCGCCGUAGGCGGAGGGCGAGGAGGGCCCAGGCCUCCUCGCCGCCAGGCGCGGCCGCGGCGGUUCACAGCAGGCCGAAGGUCGUCAGGCUGGGCCCCUCCAGCAUUGACCACGCAUCAGCGGGGGGCGGGGCCUGCACGAUCUGCGGCGUCGCGCACUAUUGCUUUGCCUGCGCCCUCGCCGGGGGGGGGGGAGAAUUGGGGGGGGAAGAAAUAGGGGGGGUGGACUUUAUGGUCGGCCGCGUCGACGACGCCCUUAUUGGGCCGGUCCUCAUGGAGCGGCAGGCGCUGGAGGUCAUUGCGGCCAAUGCCGGCGCCGCUGAUCUCCUGCUGGAAGACGCCGGCAGCCCAAAGCACGCGGGCAUAUUCCUGCACCGCUGCUGCCUCGUGGCUAUUGACCUCAUCUCCUUCCAGCCCAACGGCAUCGCGGGGCUGGACAAGGCGCUCUACCGCGCCAGCGAGACAAAGUGCUCCCUCUGCGGCUGCGCCGGGGCGGCGCUGCGCUGCAAGGACUGCGGCCUCCCCUUCCACGCAAGGUGCAGCUUCAGGGUCCACCGGGGCGCCAGGGUCUACCCGAACGCCCUCGUGGGCGACUUCAUUUGCGCCGCCUGCGCCGGCGCGCGGGCCGCAGACUAUAUGAGCGGGGCUUCCUUUGCUGGCCUGUCGCGGGGCUGGAUGCUUCUGGACCCCUUGCUGCAGGCGCGGAGCACCCGCUCGAGGCUCCGCGCCCAGUUCGCCUAUAGGCGACUUGCGGGAAAGGGGAGCGAAUGGGUGCCUCCGCAGCAGGGGGACAUUCUCUGGUUCGAUGGGCUGGCCGUGGAGCCGGGGCUGACUCCUUCGGACGCCCUAAUUCCACUGUAUUUGCACUACACGCACAUCGCAUUUGCCGCGCUAGUCACCGAGGUCACGCCGCUCUUCUCGGGCUACGGGGUCACCCCUUCGCACAUCGCACUUAAACUGGGCCUGCUCAUCUUGCCCCCGCACCCCUGUGCGGGGGUCGCCGUCUCUAUCUACUCUAGGCAAAACGACGCGAGGUAUUUCCUAAUUAACAAGCUUGUGAUGGGACUACUCGUGCAGAAUUUGCUUGGGGAGGAUGACGGUGUGCUGGUCCAUGACUCGGCCGGGGAAUGGCGCCCGGCGCGUGUAAUGGGGGUCAGCAGCAAGUGCAGACGCCUGCUGGAGUUCGACUGCGGCGGGCCGGAGCUCGUCGGGCGCCUCGGUAAGGCCAUACAGGCCGCCAGUGGCGCUGUUAGGGUUAGACUCAAUAAGAAAGAUGGGGGAAAUGGGUGUCUGACCGUAUGCGGGUGGGAUCUCGAGCCCACUGGAGAGGCCCUUGCCGUGGCCGGAGCAGUGGCAGAACAAAUCCUGGAGGCGGAGUUUCCGCAUGAUAAAAGAAAACUCUGCGAGCGCCUGCUGGAGGACCUCGCUGAUCAGUUCCGCCACGAAGAGGCGUAUGGCGAGCUGUUCGACGCGCCUGCACGCUCGGAUGGAAUACCCCGUCCCAUCUCUAUGCGCGACAUAUCACAGGCCCUGGCCAACGGGCUCCUGAGGAACGAGUUUGCCCUUGACGAAUUGCUGGAUCUCAUUACUGCCAACGCCAGCGCCGUGGCCGGCGCCUGCGGCGUUAAAUUGGAUCUCGUCGGCCGCUUUCGCGACCUAUACCGCCGCAUGCGCACGGAAAAACUACCUGCUGACUUUAACACGCAAAAUUCUGCCGCGAACAGGGCCCUGGAAAGGCUAGCUCUCGUCUGUAAAAUCGCAUUUUGCAAGAACUCUAGGUGA